AUACAGGCGAAAUAUUUGUGUUUCCAGGCGGUACCAAAGUGGAAGCGAAAAAAACGACUACUCCAGGUGGACCAUAACUAUAUGGGGUCCAUUUCUUGGACAUGGAUGAAUGCGGUGGCAACGCCAGCCUGGGAAAUUUGUUCUCCAACAAAAUCACUGCCUUCCACGACAGGGACAGCCUAGAGCCUCGUCCCGGCAACAAAUACCGCCAGCGCCGCAUCGACAGCCAUUUGGAGGAGCAGCUCACCCCGGAGAAGCGCAUCGCCAAGUUCCCGCUGGUGGGAGCCCUGGUCCACAAGGCACUACGGCGUCGGGAGAGGGAAAAGGAGAGGGAGAUCUCAGAGCCGAAAGACAUCAACAACAACAACAACGACGAUAGGGAGCCUGACAGGAUGGUGCUACCGUUCGGACUUGGGCCCGAUGGCCACCACGUGGAUGCCAUCCAGAGUGCUCCGGCGCCCAGUGCCCCGCCCGCCCACAUGAUGCCACCCGCCUACUCCCGGGGGCAGACAAACAUCUACACAGGCGUGCCGAUCAUCGUCAAUCCGUACAUAGACUUCAUUGUGGUCAACGGGGACGAUCGGUACAUGAUCAGGUGCGAGCGGAAAUCGGUGCUCGAGCGGAGUGUGGAACUGGCCAAGCUGAUACACGCCGGUCCGAACAGUGGCCGGAAGAGCGACAACCACUUCCAGAUACUCAACGUGGACAAGAACGACUUCGAGCUGAUCGUCCGCUACAUGGAGAAGCACUUCAUCCCCUAUCGCGAUCACAAGCACCUGCUCAAGAUACUCGAGCUAUCCGAUCGCUUUAACGUUCCAGACCUGAUCAUCUACUGUAUUCGCGAACUUGAUCUCAGAAUCUCAUGUGCCACCGCGCUGGACAUCUUCAAGGCGCUGUGGUUCUACCAGGGCAUCGCGCUGACCAACCAGCACCAGACGGUGAUCACCACCCAGGAGACGGGCCAGCAGCUGGCCAGGAAGAAGGCGACCAAGGCGAAGGCGGCGGCCAAGCAGUUGGCCGCUGCCAAGGCCUCCCAGUCCACCGAAAACGGAGCCGAUGGCGAUGGGGCACAGCUGAACCUAAUUCCGAACCCGAAUCCCUUCACCACCGAGGACUAUGGCGUGGCCCUGCUGCACAACACGCUCCAGCUGAUCGAUAUGCAUGCGGAGCUGCAGCUUUCGAUGCCGGAGAUCAGCAGUCUGAGAUUCGAGGAGCUGGAGACACUGGCCAAGAGGGAUACUCUGCAGCUCAGGUCGGAGGUCACACUGUUCGAGUGCCUGGCCACGUGGAGUUUGGCGGAGUGUGCCCGCAAGCAGAUUGAUGCCACGCCGGAGAACCGGCGUACGGUCUUGGGACCUCUCUGCCUCACGCCCCGCUAUCUCCGGAUGACCCCCAGCGAAUUCCGACGCUGCUGCGAUCGCCUAGAGCUACUGCCUCGCACUGAGAUAUCACUCAUCACCGACGCCCUCGAGGGCAAAAAGCUAAAGAACCUCACCGAUCAGCAGGCGGAGCUGCUGGAGAAGUUCCGCCAGCCCCGCGCGGAGUACGCCCGGAUGCCCGUGCACCUGAGUGACCGGAGCAGUCCGAAAAACUAUCCGAAGAAGAUGAGGUUGGCCCACGAUGGGCGACCCACGGAGGAGGGAUGCUGGGAGAAGGUGGGAAUGAACUGUCUGCGCAUCUUCGUCUGCAUAUUCGACUGAUCCGAACAGUCCGAGGGAGAGGAGGAGGAUGAGGACGAGGAGGCGGACGAAGAGGACGAGGAUGAGGGAGACGGAUUCGGAGACGAUGGACACGGAGGUCACGGGGAUGGGGAUCACAGAAAUAUCCAUGGAAACGUCGGGGGAUGAGAUGACGAUCCCACAUAGACUUGUUGAAUUAAACGAAUAUUAGCGCUUAUGAAUUACUUAUACAUAGAGUUAACGAUUACGUUACGUCUUAUGGGGACUAGUAAUGGCCACUACUGUGGCAGUGAUUUUAUAGCAGCCGUUUCUAACAAUACUAUAUAGUGUUAUUUAUAUACACGCAGAUAUAUGCGAUGUGUGUAGGUUGAACUGUCGCCUGCGGAUCGAUUGGGUUUUUGUAUUUACUCGCUAGUCAAAUGGAAACAAUGGAAAUACCAAAACUUUUAUACAACUUUAUGCAACGUUUUGUAGCUGGACUCAAAAUACAAACAUAACAUAACAAAAGAAAACCGAAGAAAGUAAAAACUAAUUACCAAACUUAGGACAUUAUUACAUACUGCUAGGGAUAUCUCUCACACAAAGUACAUCAAGUUAAUCAACACACAAAAAUUAUAGUGCAAAUCGUAUUUGGGCCCGGCCAUAGCUAAAGUCAUUAUUAUUAAUUGUUUACUAUACUUUUAACUGUUGUGCAAUUGUCGACAAAUGGAAUUUAUGUAUACACUCACGAGCAUUCAUACGAUACACACAUAUACUAUAUAUACAAAUAUAGAAAGAAAUGCGUUGAAAUCAGAACUAUGUUGCCGUUACUCGGUUCUUGGCUUUAACUCCUAUAACGAAGUGCUAUAGCUAAAUCGCAUAAAUAACAAUUACAAUCAGAUUAGCAUUAAUCAUAGCGAAUUACUUAUGUAAGCACACCAGCAAAGCGCAGUGGAAACACAAAUUGUUAACAGAUUUAUGCAUUUUAUUAGUUAAUGUUUAGAACAAAGAACGCCUCGAAUUGUUUUCGCCUACGUUGCCACACGUUUUCUAGGCUGAAAAAGAGAAAUUCCAGUGCGAAAUAUCAAUGAAGCGAAGCAUCAACCACAAAACAAGAAAUACAUUCAACAAAAAGUAGUUAAACAAAUAAUAAAGAUGUACACAAUUUUCUAAAAUACCUAA